GGUGGUGGAUUUACUGUUCGUUACAAUUGAAGGGAUGUGGAGAAUUUGAAUUUAUACAUAUUUCGCUGCCCUUCAUAUCACAGCGAAAGACGAGGUGUCCAUCACUUUUCCAAUCGUUCGCAAAUGAGACGUUGGUAGUGGUAAAAUAUUUAGCCGACAUAAAUGGAUUUGACGUUUGGGAAAACUUUACACCCGCCACCAAAGCAAUCUGAAGACCCAUGACGGACGACGAAUACAGAGUAGAACAAGAGAAAUGGGUAUCAAAUUGCACUGGUGGGUCGCUCACUGAGAUUAACCAAGUAUCUGCUUCACUAGCGUGUUCGUACCUGUUUUGGGUAUGUCUUCAACGAAGAGUAAACGUUGAAAGCCAUCUGGCACAAUUCAUGGUCCUUAUUCUACCCAUUCUCGCGUGUCAAACUGUGCUAGCUGACUAUGUACUGUUCGUCAACCUUUCGUUAUUGACAGCAAGUUCGGCGCUGUACCUAUCACCUAGUACCCGCGUCACCGCGACGAAACCUCAAAAUAACCACGAAGAAAAGAAGCAUAAAAACUUUUUGUCAGUGUAUAGAGCAACCAUGAUGGUAAUGACAUGCAUUGCUAUUCUCGCCGUAGAUUUCCCCAUUUUUCCUCGUCGAUUCGCCAAGGUUGAGACCUUUGGGACCUCUAUGAUGGAUCUGGGAGUUGGCGCAUUUGUUUUUUCAUCUGGAGUAGUUUCGGGACGCACAUAUGCCAACACUGCAGGCAAUGCAUCUAAAACUGCCUUGAUUCCAAACUUCAUUCGUUCACUAAGGGCAUCAUUCCCAUUGCUUGCGCUUGGAUUCAUCAGGCUGGCGGCGACAAAGGGAGUCAAUUACCAAGAGCAUAAUUCAGAAUAUGGACUGCAUUGGAACUUUUUCUUUACCCUCGGAUUUUUACCACCAUUCACAGCUCUUGCCGCGUCUCUGAGCAACCAUAUACCAUUUUCUGUGCUUGGACUCUCCACUGCUAUCGUAUAUCAAGUAGCCCUCGCUCGAGGAUUACAAGAAUGGGCAUUGUUCGCGCCGCGCGUUGACCUAAUUAGUGCGAACAAAGAGGGCAUUUGCAGUUUCUUUGGCUACUUUUCCAUAUUUCUAUUUGGCCUCGACGCUGGUAAGCUCAUCUUCAGCUCGGCACUACAAAAUACUCGCAUCAUGCGUGUUCUUAAACAUCAAGGAAAAUCGCGACAAUCUGGCUAUGGAAACUUGGCUCGAGUGCUUGGAUUUUGGUCUGUGGUGUACUAUGCCUUAUUUACCUUAUCUAUGGUGGUUAUUGACGGCGAAAAUGGCGAUCAAGUGUCGCGACGAAUUGCUAACCUUCCUUAUGUCUUGUGGGUUGUGACCUUCAACUUUGGCUUCAUCUUAAUAUUUACCAUGGUGGAUAUUGGUUUUUCGCAAAGCAGCUCAAUUGCAACAGUUCCAAAGUUGUUUGAAUCUAUCAAUAUCAAUGGCCUUGUGGUGUUUUUAGUGGCCAACCUUUUGACUGGACUGGUAAAUAUGUCCAUGAGAACUCUUUACGCCAGCACAGCUGUUUCAUUCAUCGUGUGCGCUAUGUAUAUGUUUAUAGUAACCAAGUUUGCUUGGAUAUUGUGGUAUCAAUUCAACAUUAGAAUAAAGUUGUGAAAAAAACGAGCAGUCCUCUGAGACUGUCUUUUUCCCAAGUUUCCUG